ACACUAAGGAGGUCUUCAACAACUGGAGGUGUUCCGAAAGGACAUUGUGCAGUAUAUGUAGGAGAGAGCCAGAAGAAGAGAUUUGUCGUGCCAAUAUCAUACUUGAGUCAGCCUUUAUUUCAAGACUUGUUAUCUCAAGCUGAGGAAGAGUUUGGAUUUGAUCAUUCAAUGGGCGGUCUCACAAUACCUUGCAAAGAGGAUGUGUUCAUUGAUCUCACCUCCCGCUUGAGGAGAUUAUGAGUAGAACCAUGGUGCAGAUUAUUCUUCUGCUCAUGGAAUUUUGUAAAGCAAUAGUUUUAGAAAUGAGAGAUAGUAGAGAUGUCACUUCCAUUUAAGUGGGACUUGACAAUGAGGGAAACAAAUUCCUUAUUUUUUUCUUAAUCUUUUUUAUACUAGUAGUAGAAAACAAGGAUUUUCUGCUUGUAAAGUUAGUUAAAAUGACUAACCUCCUGCCAAUUUUUAUAGAAGCAAAUUUUUUCAAGUCACUUGA